AUGAGCGAAAUGUGGACGCCGCGCUGCUUGCGCCCAGACUACACCUGGCCUUGUCCAAUGCGAGAGCCAAUUCGUACUACAACACCUCCUACUCCACGCAUCCCCGGUCAUUUCCAGCGAAAACUUACGGGCUAUGUUCACAACGCGCUGAUCAAGCUGUCCGGAUGGUACUGCGCUUGGUUCCAACUGCCAUAUGAGUGCAAUAACGCGCAUCUACCAUUCGGCCUGGUUAUGAAGCAGACUGAGCGUACGUCUGUUGAGGAGGUGGCGGCGAUGAUGAUGGCGCGCGCUGCAGGAAUGCCAGUGCCCAAGGUCCUAUCCUGUGGAGAGCAUUACAGCAGCACCAACAGGCCGCCCAUCUUCUCGAAAAGCGGAGAACACAUAGGUUACGCAUGCAAGCCUAUCGUUUCGAUAUUGAUGACAAGACUGCCUGGUAUUGACCUAUUCGACUCUGCCGAUGACCUGGAUGUCGAGGUGGAAGGCCCCUGGCUCACGGAGUUGAAGCAGUGUAUCGCUGCCAUGCGAAAGUGGACUUCUCCAUACGGCGAAGGUAUCUGCUCAGCUCUCGGAACUCAGAUCCACAGCACACGGGUUCCAUUCAAUUCCAUGGGCCCAUUUUCAGACCAACGUGAACUCUAUCAGUAUCUAUUCAGUCCAGUCUCUGCCGAGGGAUUCGGAUCGGAAGACUCGGAAGUGGAGUUUGAUAAGGUGCUUGCGGAAGCAACCAAGCUUCGUGAGCUCUCCCAUCGAGUCACCUUCACUCACGGCGAUCUCAAAGCACACAAUAUCCUCGUCACGGACGACGGUCAUUUGUCUGGCAUACUAGAUUGGGAAACUGGUGGCUGGUAUCCAGAGUAUUGGGAGUUCACCACAGCAAUGAGAUCGAGCAAAGACAGCUGGUGGAGCCAAACAGCGGCGUGGAUGGGUGGCGAUCAGUACAGUAAGGAACUGGCUUGCGACAGGGCAUUGCACAGGCUGACAGGGGGUACAUACGCUUGGUGA